AUGUCAGUCUAUUUAGUUGAAAGUUUGCCCGAGAAGCCCAAAAGGUCAGCUCUGAACCAGCUGACCAGAACCCUGCUGAGGAACUACGACCACGGGGUUCGACCCGUCCACAACUGGACCAGUCCCACCACGGUCUACAUCGACCUCAUACUGCAGUCCAUCCUCGACGUGGAUGGAAAGACCCAGAGCAUUACCACAAGCAUCUGGUACAGACAGAUCUGGACGGAUGAGUUCCUGGUUUGGGACCCAGAGGAGUUUGAUGGAAUCACUGAGAUCUCAUUGUCAUCUGAUGCCAUCUGGAUACCUGAUGUUAUCGUCAGUGAAUUCGUGGAUGAGGGGAAAUCCCCUCCAAUCCCUUACGUCUAUGUCAACUCCUCCGGCUCGGUGAAGAACUACAGGCCCAUCCAGGCGGUGUUGGCCUGCAACCUGGAGAUGUACGCCUUUCCGUUUGACAAGCAGAACUGCACCCUCACCUUCCGCAGCUGGCUUCACUCAGUGAAGGAAAUAGACCUGGCUCUGUGGAGGAAUGCUGACACCAUCGCUAAUGAUAAACGGGAGUUCAUGAACAACGGAGAAUGGGAGCUUCUCUCCAUCCCGUCCCACUACUGGCAGUACCACCAAGGCGAUACCGACUACGCUCACAUCCAGUUCAAUGUGCUGAUCCGGCGGCGCCCCCUGCUGUACGUGGUGGGUCUGCUCAUCCCCAGCAUCUUCCUCAUGCUGGUGGAUGUUUGCAGCUUCUAUCUGCCACUGAACAGCGGCACACGCAUCACCUUUAAGAUCAGCAUCCUGCUGGGCUACACCGUCUUCAGAGUCAACCUGAUGGACGAGCUGCCGGCCACCGCUGUCAAAACCCCACUCAUCGGUGUGUUCUUUGUGGUGUGCAUGGCCCUGCUGAUGCUCAGCCUGGCCAAGUCCAUCUUGGUGGUGAAGCUGUCGCACCACAGUGAGAAGGAGGUGAAGCAGAUGUCGCUGUCGGCCUGCCUGCUGGACAAGUACGGCUCCGUCGGCCGCAGCUUCACGGAGAGUGCUUUCACCUCCGUCAAAACCCUGGACGAUAUCAACCCGUCUGGAGGUUAUGAGCUGGAUCCGCUGCAGGAGGAUCUUGUGUCCCUGAACGAGGCGCAGUACGCUCCCUGCAGGCUGGAGUGGCUUCUCCGGGAGCUUGUGUCUCUUCGCCUAACCUUGUACCAGGAUGAGAGUGAAGACUCGGCCCAGGCUGAAUGGCUGGCCCUCUGCUCAAAGGUUGACCGCUUCCUCUUCCGGGUUUACCUGCUGGUUCUGGGGUUAUAUGCCUGUACCCUGCUGCUGCUCUGGACCAGCUGGAGCUUUGCCUGACCACAGAUUUGGCCCGAAAUGAAUAUACAAAAAUAAUGGUCUCGGUUUAAAACUGUGUUACACAACUUUGUACCAGUAUAACUGAAUUUUUGCAAGUUUAAAGGACUUUAUUAAGUAAUAUAGACAUAUUUUUCGGUUGCAUUCAGAGUAAGAACCUCUGAGUGCUCCAGUGGUACAAGUUCACAACUUUAUUGCUCAAUAGCUAAAGUUAUGUCAAUGAUGUUCAGUAUUGUUUGCCAGCUAUACAGCAUUGAACAUUAGCAACAGCAUGUUUACACUUCAAAUUUACAUGUUUCAAAAUAAAAGAAUCUUUGUGCACCUUUGAUUCAAAUGACUCAGUGCCAGCAUUACAGGGGUUCAGUCAGCUCAGUCAGACACACAAGCUUUCCAGCCGUGAUGUCUUGCAUUCAAAUCAAGCCUAGAGUCUUUGUCAUGUGUCGUCUUUCCUGUUCAUCUGGACUGUUAACUAUCAAAUAAAAAUGUUCCCAAAAAUUGUCAAA